AAACAAGCUGUCAACCAAUCAGAGAACAGGCCUUCCUUGGGCUUCAUUUUGUCUGAAGCUGUCUCGCAAAGGCCGCUGGGAAGCUACCAGCCAAUCAUGUUACGUCUUACAUAGCUCCUUUGGGUUCGUAGAAAAAUGGCGGCGGCAAGUUUUGAGAAAGCCGUGCGAGACUUGUUUGGAGUAGAUCGGCUUCAUCAGCAUCAGCAGAGCACGUUACAGGCACUGCUCGAUGGUAGGGACGUGUUUCUCAGUGUAAAGACGGGUGGGGGAAAAAGUCUGUGCUAUAUGGGCUUUCCAGCUGCAGCGAGAGCGGAGACACAGCUACAGUCUGCCCAAACACAAGCCCGCGCACAACGCCCUUCUGGAGAGGAGUUCGUAAUAGUAGUAAGUCCUCUCAACGCAAUCAUGAGAGAACAGUGUGACAAGCUGACCUCCCUCGGCCUGACAGCGACGUGUUUAGGUUUGAACGCUGUCGAGACAAACGAUGUCCUCGCUGGAAGAUUCCAGUUCAUCUACACCUCUCCUGAGACAAUUCUCAACGACCACAGAUUCAGAGGGAUGUUACGAUCUGAAGCGUACAAGGGUCGUGUUGGACUGAUUGUGAUCGACGAAGCACAUACUGUUGUCCAGUGGGGCCAAGCAGGAGAUGAUGCUGGCAGUGAUACUCCCUUCAGGGAAUGGUUUUCUAAGUUAGGAGAGCUGCGUUGCCUUCUGCCAGGUACACCUCUGCUUGCAGUGACUGCAACUGCCAGCAAGAAACAAAGGAAAAAGAUCCAGAAGCUACUCACUAUGGAGGGAUGUGUGGAACAUGUAGAAAAUCCAGACAGGGGAAACAUCAAACUCCACGUGUCCCAUGUGCCCAGCAGCAAACCACUCGCAACAACAUUUGACUGGCUUCUGCAGCUCGUUAGAGGAGAGGAUCACAGGUGCCCAAGAAUACUCGUGUUCUGUAAGAAGAUUGAUGACUGCUCAAACAUCUAUCAGUAUGUGUUUAUGCCCAAUCUUACAGCAGAUCAGUUGAAACUCGUGCAAAUGUACCACUCUCACACACCAGAGAGGAUAAAGGUAAAGAUUCGCGAGGACAUGGCAGUCUCUGAUGGGAACAUACGUGUACUCCUGUGCACGACUGCGGCCAGCAUGGGCACCAACUUUGCCGGUGUGGACAAUGUUGUCAACUUCGGGCCACCACAAGAGCUGGACACUUUGCUCCAACAGCAAGGCCGGGCAGGAAGAGGGGGCAGUCAGGCACAUCAUCUCCUGAUUUUCAAUAAUAGGCAGCUCAGGAACUUGGACGUAGAAAUGUUGGUUUAUGUCAGGAAUGAGGACAAUGUGUGCCGCCGGCAGCUGUUGUUAUCUCACUAUGGUUCGUGCUGUGAUGAUGGAAGAAUUCGUCAUGCCUGCUGUGACGUCUGCACUACAGCCUGCCAGUGUAAUACUUCAGAGUGUAAGCAGUUUAACCACAUCGCACACAGUGUUGAUACUAGUUCUGAAAGUGACAGUGACAGUGAAUCUGAAACAGGUCAUGUCUCUGACCUGGAACUACAUGCUUUGAAAGUUUCUUUGCAGCAGUACAGGACAUUGCUUAAUGAGCAGGUCAAGUCAGGUAGUGUAUCAACUGUCCCAGAAGUCACUCAUGGUUUCACUCAGAAGGUCAUUGAUUCUGUUCUAACUCAGUGCAGGAAGUUGAAGUCAUCUGAUGAUGUCCUGGCUAUGUGUGGAGUGUGGUCACAUGGGCAAGCCAGUGCAGUAUUCGACAUAGUGAGCAGCAUCUUUGACAUUGACCAUGAUUGGCAUGAAGAGACUGUAGGUGACAGUGACUACACUGGAUUGGAUGAUUAAUAGAUUAAUUACGUUUUUAUUGUUUGUUUUUGCUUGUAUUUGGUAGAGUUAUAGACUCUGUAAUUGUAGCUACAGACUUAAAAUGAUAACAGGGACCAGACAGACAAGUUUGAAUUUUAGAUUUUGACUUUAUUUCAAUUGACCAGUUCUUAGUGAUGUCAAGAAAUCCAAAAUAUGGGUUUUGCUGUUUCAGUAGUAAGAGAUCUCGUGUCUCAAACUGCCUUGCUAAUGCACUUACUAAAUGACUUAGAUUCUUCCAUGUAGUAUAGCACAUAUUUGGACAUUGUAAUUUGUAGCCAAAAGGUUAUCAUUUUACAUUGAUCUACAUGUAUUACCAGUACAACAAAGGGACACAAUCAAAAUGCUGGUCUUCUAACAUUUGUGUAGGAUGUGCCUUUGCUGGGCAUAUUCUUUUCGGUGAGGUAUGCAUGAUUUAUAUUAUACUGGUGCCAUGUUCAUUUCACACAAUGACCUCAAAUAAGAAGGAAAUCUCUUCAUGUACAAUUUUUCAGACUACAUGUAUAUUGAUUUGGCACAAGAUGGCUAAUUGAAAGCUGAUGACAUGAUCUGUAUGUCUAUGGGUUUUGCUUGGAAUAGAGAAAAAUUACAUUGUUCUUUUUGACAGAUACCCAGUAUCGACAUGUGUUGUACAUGUAUUAUAACCUGAACAUCCUGGUUAUGUGCCUUGUUUUGGACCGCCCAAACCACCCUAUUUUCGCAUUACAACUGCUACAAAAUAAGCUACAUGUGUAUACAUAAGACUAGCCUUCCCUGACAGCAGCUUAAUCAAACACUGCAUGCUAGUCACUACCACUAUGUUUUAUUGUGGUAAACUGUCAACCAACUGUACUAAAUUCUUUGCACUGCCGUCCAUUCUACAGUUAUUUUUCUGUCAUCUUUCCCAUUUUUGAUACCUGCAUUAGGUGGAGGCGACACUUUCCACAUGUCAAAGACUUGUAAUGAUAACACAUUGUACCAUGUACAUAACCUUUCAUGUUUUGGGAUGUAAAUAAAGAAAAAAUGUUUGAA